AUAUGCUCACUGCGGCCAAACAAUUGGUCAAAAGGGCCACUCUACCCACCCACGAAAGUCAGGGAGCGACAUCGUACCCGCAUCCUGCCGGGAUCCCGGCGAACAACAGCUUCAGACUGAAACAAAACACGAAUGCGAUGUUGUUGGAGUUGGCGAUUCCCGGGCUGACACUCCCUCUCAGCACUCUCCCGAAAUUCUUAGUCGCCUUGGUAUUAUCCCAGAUGUUCCACGAGGCAGGGCAUGCUCUUGCUGCUGCACUGAACUCCGUUUUACUCGAGUCAAUUGGAUUUUAUAUAUUUUUCCCUCUGAUACCAGUGUGCUACGUCAAGACACUCGCAUCGAACGACAUGCAAGAUUCAAAAGGUCAUCAUAAGAUAAAGCAUAUCAGGAGCUUGCGAAUAGCUACGGCGGGUGUAUGGCAUAAUCUUGUCUUGGCAGCUCUGAGCUGGUUAGCCUGGAAUGGUGGAUCAAACUUAUUCGAUUCGACAGUGGGUCAUGUUUUCUGGAAGGACAUCAAUGGUCAUGGUGUGAUGGUAGCCCAUGUCGCAGAGGAAUCUAGCCUUCGACCACUCCUCAACUCACGUGAUGUUAUUACACAGAUAGACGAUAUUUCUCUUCAAGGAAACGACUCUUUCACUUCAAGUUCGACUCAUGCAAACGGUGUUGUCUCGAUCAGACUAUGGGAUAACUAUUUAUCCGGAGCAAUCGAUUCCUCCAAAGGUUCCUCAAAGCCUGCGGAAGGCUGGUGCUUUGACACCUCUAAAUUUGAAACACUUUCUCCUGAUUGCUGCCAUGUCACCAAUUCUGAUGCCGCAUGGUCAACACGAUCUCCAAUGUGCUUUCGGGUGAGGAAAUCUAAACACGAACCAGCAAUCAACCGUUGUGUCGAGCAAGAAACAUUCACAGAGCUCCAGAGCCGUGAACGGUGUCUGACGGACGCAAACUGUGCCGAAACGAAUGUCUGUAUUAAACCUACCCCGGGGCAGAAUCUGGUUGUAAUUCAAACCCUUGUUUUCAAGACGGGUGCGUCAAGGACCAUACUUUAUCGGGGCGCGAAAGGAUUGCUACGGCAAGAGGUCAGCGUAACAUCUUCAAUGCCUCGGGUUGGCUUUAUCAGUCCCAAUCUCAUCUUGACCAUCCAGGAAAUGUUCAGUUUUCUUCUAUCCCUAUCCAUGGGUUUGGCUUUCGUGAACUCGCUCCCUAUUACAAAUUUUGACGGUUUGGCAAUUUGCCAAGCCAUCCUAUCGUUUAUAUCCAGUCCACCACUAAAUGAUGAUCUGGAUAAUCUUCAUGGUGGAAUAGACCUCCACGCCAUAGGGCAUGCAAGACCUGCCACUGGUCCUGAUCAACCAAAUUCAUCCCGGAAGAGUGAUCUCGUCGAAAUUCAACAAUCAAUCCUUUUUAAUUUUGUGAAUUUUAUUACAUUUCCAUUGAAAAGGAAUCUAACUCGGUUCAAGAUUUACACAGUUGAUAGCUCACUUGAAAUGGCGGGAUACAUACAUGAUACCAAUUUAUCCAGAACACAACAAAACCCUUUACGCACUUUUCAGACACUGAUCACAUGGAUUUCAUGUUUUGUAUUUCUUGGUUUAUUAGUUUCAACAUUUUGAACCAUGAUCAAAUGAAC